UAACUUAAGUAACCGUUGUGUUCCUAAGUAAUUAUCAAGAUUAAUUUAAGAAUCGACAGAUAUGUACGAACGACGGAAUAAAAGGUGUAAUGAUCAUGUUUGAGCACUUGGGAAUAAUAACUCUACCAAUGGAACUCUGGCUGCUUUUCAUCCACAAGUUAUGCCUUGUUUGGUGAUUGGGUCCAAAAUGCCUCAUCUUGCACCGGCCAAAUUUCCAUUUCUCAUUCUAUUCGGAAACGAACUUUUACGGAAAUUAGGCCGACAAUUACUAUAAUCAUCAUAUAAUGUCACCUUUUUGUUCUUGUGGCUCUGGAGGAGUUUAACCCUUCUAGCUUAACGAUCAUUUUAAGAAAAUUGGACCCGAUUUGUCAUCCACCAACUCAGCACAAGCAAAAAAGAAAAAAAGAAACUAAAAUGAACCACCUCAAAAAUCGACACCUCGGCAAUUUCAAAUUCCCCUGUUUUCCCCCAAACACUCACAUGACUUGCAAUCCCAAAAACCCUACAAUAAAAAAGCAAUCUUUAAUGCAUUGUCUAUUCUAUAUCACCUUCCAAUAUAUAUAUGUAUAUAUAGAUAUAAACCGAUACCCCAUUCACCAUUUUCUUCAUUACAUCAAAACACAAACAACAACAAUCAACAACCCUCCAAAACAAAAAUUCUUUCAAGAAAUAUCCACGAUAUGGUGAUGAUGAUUAGUGCAAGAAAAAUGAUGAACAUGGCAAGAAAAUGGCAGAGUGUUGCAGCCUUAGGAAGAAAGCGUGUAAUGGGUGAAAUCAGCACCUCCGAAGUAGUGGCGGAGAAAGGGCAUUUCAUCGUGUACACGGCCGAUAAAGUGCGAUUCUCAUUCCCGAUAGCUUAUCUCGACAGUUUGAUUUUCCGGGAGCUGUUGAGAAUAUCGGAAGAAGAAUUUGGACUGAUGAGCGAUGGACCAAUCAUAUUGGCCUGUGAUUCACAGCUGAUGGUGUAUAUCAGCUCCCUGAUGGAAAGGAAUGCAGCUAAAGAAGUCGAGAAAGCUCUGCUUUUGUCAAUGGCUGCUUUUCGAUGUUCUUCGUCUUACUACUAUUUAGAUCACCACCAAACAAGUCAGUAUAAUCCACUCUGUGGCUGCUGACAUUUUUUUGGUCAUACAAUUUUGUAAAUAUACAAUUUGAAUCAAAAAAUGAAGUAAUUUUUUUUAUUGAAAUA